AUGGAAGGGUCAAGCGAGGAGAAACAGUCACCAUCCCAUCAGUCCAAAGAAUCAAUUGCAUCACGUGAUCCAUCUCAAGAGCGUUCAGACACAUUGUUCGAUAAUUCGCUUUCCCUUUAUACGGAACCCAGUGAAUAUCGGCAGACGACAUACGAAAAAGACGAAGAAAAGUCAAAGGCAGCGGAAGACUCAAAACAAUCAUCGAUGGGUGAAGCUUUGAAAUCAGAGAGGGAUUUUAUAGAAUAUGUCAUGUCGUUGCCGUCCAAAGACAGCACAGAUCACCACAAAUCAGCUGAUUCAGUGUCUAACAGGAGCAAUAAAAGUCCAGCAGCUGUAUGUGGGACUGGAUGCACAACUAAGGUUGGUCUGGACCAUUUGGAUAACCUGUGCAAAUUAAUGGAACAGCUUAGUGACCUCAGAGAAACCAACAGUAAAUUGCAAAAGAGAGUGCAGUAUUUGGAAGAUCUGAAGACAUUACAUGAUAUGCACAAAGAGAUAAGUGACGAAGGCCGUUCCAGCUCUGAUGAUAUCCUUGCAUCUGACCUUAGGCCAUAUUGCUUAAAGAAAAGUGCCACUGAAUCUCACUGUCCGCGAGAUGUGGAGGUGUCGCCCCUGGGUGCAGUUCGAAGUCCCUCCAGGUAUCUGGGAGGUCGCAGGGGGCGGAGCCAGCAACUAGAAGGACCCCGAAGAGAGAGGAGUAAAUCCGUCGGACACGAGGAUGGAUCAGAAGACACAAAAUCCAAGAGACUUUUCCCAAAAUGGUCGAAAGUGAAGGAGGCUUUCGGAUGGGAAAGCGAUCGCAAAGAUGGAAUGAAAAUAAAGCCAGUUGGCAGUGUUCGAAUGCCAAGAAGAUGUUCUGACGAAUCUCACCAGUCAUCUCAGUUGCAACGGGAAUCUCCCAUUUGGUCUCAGGAAUAUGGUUCCCUUCACUUAUCCAUUGACGAUGAUGAAGACGAAAUAAUUCAAACAGAUGGAUUGAAGAAAGAUAAAGGAACUUCUCGUUUAGAAGCACCCAUCGACUACAUCAGGAGGCAGAAAUCCACUCCAAGUCCAGGCAGUGACAAAAUUGCUUCUUAUAGCGAAAACACAGAAAUGAAACCUAAAUAUUCCACCAUUGAGCGUGAUUCCUACAUCUCUCAGGACCUGAGCAAAUUCGACAAGGAAGACACGAAAAGAGGGAAGAGUCCAUGGGGGCGGGUGAAGACAAUAAUCGAACGUCGACGGGACAGCAUCAAAAGACGAUCCGUUCGGAGAGAACACAAUGCCGAGUAUGAUGCCUCCACAAGCAAACAAACUCCAGAUCCCAAUGAUUCGUUUGAACUGUCAGGUCAGUCCGAGUGUGUGGAUUUCGAAAACAAGUCCUACCACCACAAAGAAUCUAUCAAAUACAAAGGAAACAAACCUGGACCUAUUGCUAUUGAUACAGAUAUCGAAUGCUGUGGUCCAAGGACUCCAAGUUCUUCACCAACCUUUCAGAGAAAGUCCAAAUGGACACGUAUGAAGAAAGUGCUUACUGGUAAGAAGGAGGAUGACAGAGAUUCUCUUUCGCAGUCCACCCCGGCCAGCCCCAACAACGCACGCGAUGGAAAUUUCAAUUUUGACGCAAUCGAAGAAAUUUCUCAAGACUCUUUUGACGAAAACCGAGAAAUGCAGCGAGUAGGAAGCGAGAGUCACGUUCAUCAGCUGGCUCUAAAUGCCCCUUCUUCGGAGAUUAUGCUUCAGCUACAGAGGAAUCUCAGCGAAGAUUUCCACAGAAAGAUUCUCGAAUGGGAACGCAUACGAUCCGCGGGACCCCUCUCCUCCUCCCCCAACUGGGACAGGAAAUCCGACACCAACAGAAGCCGGAAAAAAUCAGAGAAAGACGACAAAAGCACCAAGCCGAAACUUAAAGAUCUCACGUGGUUAGAAAAAGAGUUGCAGAAGAUUGAGAAAGAAAAGCAAAGAUUGUCCAAGGAGAGACAGAAAUACGAAGAACGUGAACUGAGGUUGGAAAAACUGAAAGAGACAGUUCUUAGUGCAAAGAAUACCAACAAGAAAGAGGUACUAGUCAGGACAUCGGCUGGUGAGUUCAGAUUUGAAGGUAUAUCAGACGCUUUCACCAAAAAACUCUACGAGUGGGAAACCAAGCGAGGAUUUGGACCGGAGUUAUCCACCAUUGCCUUGUUGGAUUCCAGUCGCUUGACAGUGCAGCCUAGCUUGCUACCGAAAUCUGGUGCUUUACAGCGAGUGAUCUCCCGAUCUGAGUCUAGCAUAGCUGAUAUUGGCCAACCCUCGCACAAUUCGUCUAACUCGCUGCCUUCUUUGAAGUUACCCGACUCGAUGGAAGCGGUUCACCCAUCCAGAGCAAACUCGGAACCGGACUUGUCAACGUUAGUAGCUCUAUCAAAUGAGCGGGAUGUCUCGAUGACGAGCUUGGCGAGGCACGUGAUGACAGAGGAGCACAAAGAAGUGAAGGACGACGACGACAACAGGAGGACAGACAGCGAAACGUACUACGGACUGCUGGAGGAAAAUGUCCUCCUCUUGGAGCAGCUGCGUGACAAGGAAGAGAUCUGCCGACGUCUCGAGCAAGAGCUGGAAGUUCUGGACAAGAAGGUGGACUUCAUGAACGCUCACCAUGGCCAGGAGACAGAGAGGUAUAGAGAAAAGCUGUGGGAGAUGCAUAAACCCGGUGCUACACCCAGAGAUGUCCAGUGCUGUCUGCUUACGAUGUCCCAGCUCAAGAAGAGGAUCGAAACGUUAGAAAAGUGCACAGAGAAGCUGAGGAAUGACAGAGAAUCUGUUGAAGAUAGUUUCCGCUACCAUUCUAAGCAGCAAGAAGACAUGACUUUGGAUCUUUUGGAAAAAAUGCGGGAACUUCAAGCAGCUGGGUCUUCUGCGGAUUGCGAGUCACCGCAACACUCAACAAAUACCUUGAAUGUGAAUGUGGUGGAAAGACUUCAGCAGUUAUCAGCACUGCUCGUUAAGCAGACUCGUGACUUAGAGGAAACUCUUGCUGUAAAGUCACAUCAGAUUUGUCAACUGCGGUGGGAGCUGUUACAUCGAGAUCUGUCUACUGCAAAGCUGGAAACGGAACUCCAUACGCAGUCCGCUCAUCGGAAGCGAUCCCACUAUGCCCAUUUUAGAUCGCACUCGUCCGAAGAAACCUCUUCACUCAUGCCUCCCCUCAUUCCACCAGAAAACCUCAAAAGUGCGCAAUCAAACAUUGUGGCCGAUAUUUAUGGCACUGGAAUGCAAGGAGGAGAAUUUAAAGCUACUCAGCUAACGACUACAGUUCAGAAACUGAACCAAGAACUUCUUAAACUGGCUAUGCACACAGAACAUUCUGGUGAGGACAUUGCAGCAGCGGAAGAGAAUCAGAAUUUUUCCAAUUAUGAGAUUCCUUCAAGGAAAAGCAAGGAAAAAGAUCGGCACAGACAGAUCACCGUCAGACGCAGCUCAGCAGACAAUAUCAAGGUUGUACCAGUGACUGGUGAUCGACGACAUCCAGAUACCUCCACGACAGAGUCAGAUGAUUCAUCAGAAGACACCUACACAAAAGUUGCUUGGAGGUCCAGUGUAGCUUCCAAAACUCAUCCGGAGAACGAAAGACUAUUGAUGUCACAUGGCGAACAUCCACCCCGAGGUUACGUUCCGAGAAGGAAGAAGUUGCAAAGAGUUUGUAGAAGUAGUUCCAGUCCUGGAAGAAAGAGGUCCAACACUUUCCACACCCAGAAGGAUUUAGAGAGGUCAGACAUACCUCAGAAAUGCCAGUCAUUUCGUCUUUCUCGUGAAAAGAGCAUUCUGGUGGGAGAGUCAGAAAAAGCUAUUUCCGAUAAACUCAUUCACAUUCCGAAUUGUAAAUCCAGCCUUGCUUAUGAAGAAUUAAUAAAGUUACUGACUAAGAAAUACCAACUUAAAAAGCGUCUGACUGAGAAUUCAAUAAGUAUUCAGCCUGUAGUUACUGGCGAGGACAAUUAUGGGUGGUUAAGAGAAGUUGCAUCAGAUUCAAAGAUUCCGUUCCUUAUUCAGAUGCAACAAAAUGUCGAAAGCCAACUGUCAAAAGACAGUAAGUAUCCAACAAGGUCAAUGAGUGAUAAACACAAAAAUGAUGUCGCAAGUGAAAGAAGAGAGCAUAUACAGAAAAAAAGAAGCAAAAAACGCGUUAAAUCUCCAAACCAUAACUCGUCAUUGAAUGCAGAAGGCGCUCCAAGCCCUCCAGAGUUCAAUGAGCAUACCAUAGGAAAUACUGAUCCUCAGGAAGCGAAAUUCGACCUCGGGUUACCGCGAAAAGAGUCACUAAAAAGUGAGGAGAAUCAAGAGAAUAAUACGGUUUUCAGACCUAGUUGUGAAACAGACCAAUGUAGCAAAGAUGCAGCAACUGUAACCAUUCAGCUACCAAAGAGGAAACCAAAAAAGACUCAUCAACCUGUUGAGGAAAAAUCUGAUUCUCAGCUGCCAACGUUUACUAUAUCUAUUCCUAAGAAACGAAGUUUAAGUUCUGAGCACGAAUCGAGUAUUUCUGAUAAUUCCUUCCGAGAAACCUAUAUUAUUCCUCAAAGAAGCAAUUCCAUUGAAAAUUCUGAAGACAGUCAAGCUUUUAACGAUACGUCAAAAUCAGCAAUUUCAACACCAGAUAUGAAAGACUCCUCCUAUAAUGAACGCAAUCUUACCAUUUUUUAUCCUAGGAAAGAUGCAAAGGAUUAUUUUCAGUCAGAGUCCAUAUCAAGAAAACGUAAGGCAGAGAGUGAGGAUGAUUCAGGAAAAGGUACUUCAUGUAGUGAAGCAACUUCUGUCAUGGAAAAUUCAUUGUUUCAAAAGUCAUCUGAUCAGAUAGAAAAGCCAUGUCCAUAUAAUGGUAGAGAAACUAAAUCAAAAGUCCAGGAAGUUUCUUACAUAAAGUCACCUUCAGCACCUCAGCUAGACUGGAGGAAAGUGUGCGCAAAGAAAAUAUCUCGAGAAGGUGCGCCAAAUGUAAGAACUCUGAUAGAAAAGUACAACAGAGUAGCAGAGUCUCAAACAGUCCAAAGUCCAGUGUCCAGCAACUUAAACUCUCCUGUAGAGAGAAGAAAAGUUUCAUACACUACCAGUCAUUGCCUAUCCGAUUCAAGCAUUUCGCCUCAAUCUCUCAGUGUGCCAAACACACCAAAUGUGGUUUCAGCAUCUAUUUUUUAUAAUCCCCUUGUUUUUAAACCGACAAACUUAGAUUUAUUUUCCAGUACUCCCCCGGAAAGUCCAAUGUCUAGAGCCAGAAAUGAAGCUCUCAUAAAAGCUAAACAAACUUUUAUGUCUUCGCAAGAUAAGUUACCGCAAGUAUCAGAUGUUCAAGAAAGUUCUAAAUCCGAAAUUACGAACAUUAGAACUAUAAACACAACCUCUAUUCCUGGUACGUAUGGCACAAAAGAGAAUAUUCCUGCAAUCGACCAACAUAAGCAUGAAGAUGAUUCAGUUUCUAAUUGUUCGAUGGAUUCAAUGAGCUUAGUGGUAUUUCGCACAGGAGAGUCUUGUAAAGAGUCUCGUUUGUCGAAACGAAGCGUAGAGAAUCCAAAGCAAGAACAAGCCAAUGAACCAAGCAGUUUAAAACCUUCUAAAUCUCUGUCAAAUUCUUCCUUGUUCAAAAGUGUUCUCAGCUCAGACUUUAAGGUUCCUUCUAGCCUUCUCAGGUUGAAACGCAGUAAACGGAAAAAGGAUAUGGGAGCAGUGAGCCACUUGUGUCGUCAAAGCCUGCUUCUGUCAGAAGAUUCUCAAGAUACUACUCCUCCACCAUCUCACAAAAGCUGUCCUUCCUCACCCGAACUGAAAUCGAAAGGUUCUAUAAAACCGAACUGGUUUCAGAGGAACUUAUUCCGUCAUAAGUGAACUGAUCAUUUCAUUCGUAUACAUUUCUAAAAAAUACAUUUUAUUUAUAUAUUUAUGUUAAUAAAUAAACG